AUGGCAUAUAACAUCCUCGUCCUGCCAGGCGAUGGCAUCGGCCCCGAAAUCAUGGCUGAGGCAGUCAAAGUCCUGCAGUCCUUCACCACGCCAUCACGUACCUUCAACCUUCGACAGGAGCUGAUAGGAGGCUGCAGCAUAGACGUCCAUGGUACCCCUGUCACCGAGGCCGUGAAACAAGCUGCUCUCGAGUCUGAUGCCGUCUUGUUUGCGUCCGUUGGAGGGCCGAAAUGGGACGGCGCCAGGCGUGGUCUUGAGGGGCCCGAGGGGGGGCUGUUACAGCUUAGACGUGCGUUGGACGUAUAUGGGAACCUGAGGCCAUGUAGCACGCCGAGCAUGUCUAUUUCGAAGAAGUAUAGUCCGUAUAAAGAGACUGUGAUCGAAGGGGUCGACUUUUUGGUUCUAAGGGAGAACUGCGGAGGAGCGUAUUUCGGGAAAAAGGUCGAGGACGAGAACUAUGCGAUGGACGAAUGGGGAUAUUCAACAGAGGAAGUCCAGAGAAUUGCUCGGCUUGCAGGGAGUCUUGCACUUCGUCACAAUCCCCCAUGGCCAGUUAUCUCCAUGGACAAGGCGAACGUCCUUGCAUCCUCGCGCCUGUGGCGUCGUGUGGUCGAGAAGACGUUCGCUGAAGAGUUCCCCCAGGUUAAAUUGUCUCAUCAGUUGGCCGAUUCUGCUUCUCUGCUCAUGGCGACUAAUCCUCGCUCGCUGAACGGCGUUUUACUCGCUGAUAAUACCUUUGGUGACAUGCUCUCCGAUCAGGCGGGGUCGAUAGUCGGGAGUCUCGGUGUCUUGCCCAGUGCCAGUCUCAGUGGCAUCCCGGGUGAGAAAGACGGUUCUAAGAAGGCUUACGCCUUGUAUGAGCCUACUCAUGGGUCGGCACCCAGGUAUGUUACACCUUUUACCGCUGCCUAUCCUCCUUCUACCUGCUAG